GCGCAAAGGGAACAUAUAAGCCCUUCGGUCCUCAAGAUUCGGCAGUCCAGGAGCUCACGAAGACCACGGCCAAGCUCCUCAGGGUCCUUCUCCCUCGACGCUCCCUUCAGAUGCGGUUCCUUGCCUUCGUCCUCCUCUUGGCUCUCGCCGUCGCCUUCGUCGGCGCCAAGUCCUUGGCCUGCUGUGGCGGCGGAGGUCACCACGGCGGUCACGGAGGAGGUAACGGAGGUCACCAUGGAGGUCAUGGCGGUGGAGGCUUAGGCGGAGGCUUCGGAGGCGGUGGAGGACUGGGAGGCGGAGGAGGCUUUGGCGGAGGCUUCGGAGGCUGUGAGUAGAGUAGGAAACCAUUAGUUGUAAUCAUUACGGUUGUUAUUAUCAAUAUAAUCAAUUAUGCCAUUAUGGUUGAUAGUGAUAUUAUUAUCUAUUCUUGCUGUUGUUGUUAUUCCUAGUAAUGGAAUGUCACUUUUGUUUAUGUUUUCUCUGUUGUCGUUAAUCCAUGAUCACAGCUCG